AGUGAGAGAGAGAGAGAGAGAGAGAGAGAGAGAGAGAGCGCACGAGAGAGAUCAGCUCUCUCAAAGCUGGAUGUUUCUAUGUGCACUGUUGUAGCCCAUUCAUUUAAAGGAGAGCUCUUCUUACUUAUUUACAGCACAAGGAGACACGGACCUCGCUCAGAAAAGGUGAGCUACAAGUGAAGCUUCACGCUCUGUGAGGAGCCAGUAAUGCUGCCCCAACGAACAGCAACUUUAAACCCAAUCUUCACGCCAGAGGCCCAUGUGACCUAAGACUAGCCUGUGGGAGCGCAGAUCUGCCGCGAGGCCAAAUGAAUUCGGCUCCAGAGCGCAGGAAAGAAUGUUUGCCUCCAAAGAAGAGAGAGUUUCAGGCUCCGAAACAGCAAGUCUCAGCCGAGGAACCCCCCAAAGAUUCCUUCAAGCAGCCUGCGCUGCAGUGGAGGAAACGCAUAGAACCCCAGGCCAAGGACCCGGCCCAUUGCAGCAACACUUCACUUCUGACCUCGAAGUAUCCCACACACAGUCUAGCUGCUCCACAGUGGUUCACCUCCCUCCCAGCAGCACAGCAAAACCCCUUCAAGUGGGGGAGCCAUUACCCCAGGACUGUUGACCACUCUGCCGCCUAUAACAGCUUCCUCCGUCCCCCUCCGCUGACCUCCAGGUGGAAGCACAACCCAAAUCCUCAGUCAGCCCCCAGAGCCCCCAGCGAGUACCAGCCUGGUUAUGGAGUCGCUCCAAGGGAGUUAUGGCCUUACCUGUCUGCAGGGAAGCAGGCCUUCAGUCCCCCACUUCCUUCACCUAGUGCCCAACCCCUCCAGCAGCCCCCCUACCCUAGGGAUCGCCCGCAUGGUCACAGGAAGCACUUGACUACUGAAGCUACUAAUGGGUUUGACAGGACGGAGAUGGGGCCAGGGAGUCCUUUCUCUCAGCACCACUUCAAGUGCAGAGCUCCUGAGAACUACCCCAAUGGUAAGAGGAAAUGCCUUGGAGAUCAGAGAUUGUUGGAUACCACCUCUUCUAAGCACACCAGGCCGUCCGAAGCAGCAAACUCACAUUCCCCAGACUACAGAAAGGACCAACGGCUGUUCUGUCAACCACAUUCCCCCGCCCCGGCCACCAUAGAGAGUAGGAGUGCAAAGCCUGCUGCUCUAGACCAGGCGAGCCCCGUGCUCUCCACUGGAUGGGCUCAAAUCUUUUAUGGCUUGCCAGCUUCGUCCACCUAUACUGGAAUACAGCGUCCUCCCCUAGGCUAUUCCGUUUACAGCCAUCUAGACCCUGCACAGGGCCCAGCUAUCCCCUUUUACAGCCAGCAAGGGGAAUCGUAUCUGACACUCAGGACCUCAGGGCGCCCUUCUGUUUUGAACAGGGUUGUUCCACCUGGAGCACCUCUGACAGUGGGGGGCUCUGGUCGUGAUAGCCAGCACCCCUCUCCUGGAGUCCCUAUCGAUUAUUCAAUUCACUCUCCCGCCAGGAGUCCCUCACACACUGCGGCUGGGACCUCUGUCUCUGCCGCCUCUCCCUCCCCCUCCCCAGCUCCCAAGACCCCCCUAGUGCUACCUCACUUCGCGAAGGGUUCCCUCAUCCAGCUGUCCACGGGAGAGCUGAGGAGAGUGGAGGACAUGCGCAUGGAGGACUUCCUGUGUAGUGUGGACGCCAGCCCCGGGCUUCGUCUCAGCUACUGCACUGUGCAGAGGAUCAGGGAGAGCCCAGACCCUGGCUUCACUCACCUGCAGGUCCUGCUCAGUGAUCACACUACUCAGGAAUCUCUGGAUGUUUUGCUGGAAUACCCAUUUUUUGUGCUCGAUCAGGGCUGGUCAUCCUGCUGUCCGAACAGGACGGCUCAGAUCUACGGGCUCCUCUGCUCCCAGCUCUCAGUGGGGAACGUCUGUCUGGCACUCACCCCUGAGAGCAGCCUUCGGAGAGAGGGGAGCACAGAGCCCACCUCGGUGCCACAGGGCUACCCCAGAGAGCCCGGGACACAGCCUGUGGGUGCAGCUUCCACCGUCAGGGCAGCCAGCAAGCAAACCCCCAGCUCAGGAACUCCGUCACGGACACGGAGAAGACGAUGGUCCGCUCCCGACCUCUGUGUUGUUAACAGGACUCUGCCGGGUCUACCUCACACACAGAGAGACCCGGAUCAGUGGUAAGAGUUAGGAAAUGCCAAAGAACUGCACUGUGUUGCACAGAGAUUCGUGACCUCGACCAAGGAAGAGUGCUCUCAGGAAACAAGGUCACAGAACCACCUUUUAGGAAUACAAAUGGAAGAUGGUUGUUAUCAAACUCUGACCUGACUGUGUCGCGUCCUCAGUUGGAUUGACUUUUGAUCAUCUGUCCCCAUUUGCAGUACGUUGGGAAGGAAAGUGCUCUAAAGGCCACUUGCAAAAGACAAGCACACAUUUACCAGGAAACUGUUAAAAACCGUUUGGACAUCCCUUGCUUUUUACUACGACAGGCACUUGUAUAUAGAUAACAGCAUAUUAUUAUUGCCUGUUGUAAGGAAAAGCACAUUUCAGCUGAUGUGCCAGGAUCAGAAGAUGUAACAACUCUGGGAGGACAGGAACAUGACGAGAUACUUCAGCAGGUGUUCCAGCGACACAUCACGAAAUAUUCUAAGGCUAAACCUGCAACAUUGAUUUUCUCCUAAGAGGAAGACAGAUGGUUAGUGUAUGGCUGACUGUUAAAGAAUCUCAAGUUUCUGUUUAUUUCGUUAUUGGGUUUGCAUCCUGUCUAAAAACAAGCGGUGGAAAACGAUCAAACCAAAGAAAUCCCAGCAGUGACACUUUGAUCGAGUUUCAAACAGAAAGGCAGGAUAGGAUCUGCCUUCUCCUGUAAAUAGGGAAUCCCAUUGCAGCCUGACUCGAUCAACGAAACCACCAAAACAAAACGGCCUGGGACCCAGUUCAGCUAACUGGCUUCAGAGCAAUAGGACUACACAUUGUUUAUUGCAUGCAUUUAAUGUGGACCUUAACAUUUCCCUGCACCUUGAAAGUUAGUCGAAGUGGGUCCAGAGAUGAACCACGAAUGUAUUGUGAAUUCAGGAAUGGGGCUCUUCAAAGGGAUGAAGAUCCAAGACUCUCUUUUUUAUUUUGGUGAUGUUUGUAAAUAUUGUU